AUGCGUCCAGCUUUUUGUCUCUUCUUGGCGUUCCCCGCAUUCGCUGCAGCGCGCAAUGAUGUAGUAGACCUCAAAUUAGGCGGUUGGUCUGAGGCUCAUGCCUUGACGAAUGAUGAUAAGCUUGUGCUGGUCAACGCACUUAGCGGCAAGUGCUACUCCAAUGUAAUAGGCUCAACGCAGGUGUGUAUCUCGGAGGUGAACUUUGUGAAGACACAGGUGGUGUCUGGCUUCAAUUAUUGCUUCAGCGCUUCAGGAUGCAAUGUCACAAUUUCGAAUGGCAUGUGUUCCUCCUCGACGCUGUCAACCUGUCAACCUACGCAGUUGAAGGUGCUGGUCUUCGAGCAGCCGUGGACGAAUACGCUUAAAGUUCUCAACAUUGAGGAGAUUAAAGCUGCUGAUGCAUUAGACUACAAUUGCACGAAAAAUACGAAGAAGAGUGCGUUGGAGGAGGAGAGCUAUGAAAAGGUGGUGGUGAAGACAAACCAAAGGGUUGCAACCAAAGGGUUUUCUGAGGAUGAGAAAAAAGAGAUGGACGACUGGAUUCAAGCUCAUGGACUGAACCAGUAUGGCGACGUGGCGACGACAAUGUACACGGGUGGCACGCCCUUGUUUAAUGAAAACAAAGGCACGACUACAGAACGCUAUGCCUACAUUUUAAGUCGCCACCCCGACCGCCCAUGGCAGUCACAAACGGCGACACAAUUUACUGUAGAAAAGGCACCGGAUGAAACACGAGAACAAGGAUCUGUUGCGGGCGUUUUUGCUAUGCUGGUAGUUUUUACAGUGGUGUUGGUUUGCGUGGCUAUUGUAAAGAUGCACCAGGAACGACGCGAUCGUUUUCUCUACAGCCCCAUUGAUAGCCGCAAGUAG